GCAACAGUCCACCCAUAUUUUUAUUUUACACAGGAUCGUCGUUGCGUAUCGAUUUGCGCGUACACCAAAAUCAUCUGUUUCAAACGCUCGAACCACAGCCAAGCGAAAAAGCUAACAUUCCCGCGGUCCCCUAAGCAGAGCUCGGUACCGCAAAUAGAAGGUUCUGCAAAUGGAAACCGCGAGGAAAAAAGUAGGCGAAGGACACCAAAGGACAUAUUCUUUCGCCAAGCCAUUCCUUUGCACGCGUACAAACAAACAUCGACCGCGACAAUAUGGGUCCUUCUUAUGGGUGGUUGCAACAAUGUUUACAUUUCACACGCUACCUGUGCCCCGGACCUAGCUUCCGAAUGAAUUUUAUGGACUUUUAUAGCAUUUUUUCCUUUCGUCUUCCCGUUUUCGCCCUUCAUCGGGCAGCGCAUCGAAGCAACAAAGCAAAAAACUGUUGCACGCCCAACCGAAAAAAGCACGGUUGCGCGAAUCAGAAUUGAUUGUGAUUUUUGCUUGACCGGACGGAAAAUCGUUCAACGCUCGAUAGAACCACGUGCGAAGCGAUGAGUUAAUUGUACCUUUUUUUUGCUUGGUGCGACAGUUGGUGAAAGUGAUACGAUCAGCAAAAAUUCAAACGCAGACCUAACCUGGUUCUAGUUUUACACUAAAUCACUCCUCAAACUCCUCGUGCGCCGCAGUAAUGGAAGGUAAAAGAUAGUAAAAUUCGUCGAGAAAAUUAGCAUUUCUCCCCGAGGGCGAAAAUCGAGCGACAACAAAGAGCAAAUUGUCCUUUUUGGGUUGCAAAUUAACAAACUGGUAGAUGUUAUCAUCAUCGUCAUAAAGUUCUAAUGUCGCUGACUCAUGCUUCAGCAAGCUCAUAACUUUACUCGCCACGGAAAAGCUAAUUGGUGCAGGUCUAAUUACCAUAAUCUGUCGUCUGUGCUUUUAGCUGUCCGGACUUUUAUUCCGGAGACUACUUCGAUCGAAGUGAUGCGUGUCCGUUGGGUGAAUCAGCAAUGCUAGUAGUAGUAGUAGUAGUAGCGGUAGUGGUAGUAGGCUUUGCCUAAACGAGCUUCCAGCCAUCAGUGAGAAGAGGGCAUGAGAAUGAAAACCCCAAAUUGAAUAUGAUAACAAGCAGUUUUCGGAGUGGAAGAAGCGAAAAUGGUCGGUGGAAUCUUCCACGAUUGUUUGUUGGUUUAAAAAAACGCACAAACAAUCCACAAAUCCAAUUCCCGCUAACUACUACAAAGCGUGCGAAAGUGUGAAGAAACCCACAGUUUCGAGUACGUCAUCCAGCGUCCACCUCAGGCAAGGAUAUGCUUCGGUUCCAGCAUCGAGAGAGAAGCGGUACCCCUGCGAGGACCAGCCAUGAGUGCGAUGAUGCACCGGCACCAACCGGAGCUGUUGGGAGAAAAUCUUGCACCAGGUUGUCAUAACAUCGGCUACGAUUCAGGAACACCGGAAGCACAUCCGGCAUUACGCAAACGCAUCAGUCGUAAGGGGUAUGGACCACUGGCUGCCACUAGUGUGCGGUUUAACUUUGAGGAGGUGAGCAACAGUCCGGGUGUGGGAGAUUACGAGCUGGCAGCACGCAAGCAAUCAAAACCGAAACAGUCGGCCAAACCUUUUGGCAGUGGAACGGACGAACGUACGAAGGAUCAUUCGCUUGCGUAUCCUGGCGUUGGAACAUAUAUCUUCAAAACGCGAAAGGAUAUUCGGCAUCAUUCGUUUGGAGGCACUAUUAAAAUUAUGCCCGCUGCAAGGACAAUCUGCAAGACGGAAAAUUUCGACCGUUGCCAACGGUGUGACGAACGGCCGGAAGUAGACUAUUGGAAGAAUCUUCGAACGGAGCGCUGUCUAUGUCGGCGCUGUAUGGUGAAAGAACUCGAGGAAGCACGGUGCCAUUCGAAGAACAAAUCCGAACAGACGCAACGCACGGAAACAUUGAAGGAAUAUAAGCGUGUACGACACUGUGCGUAUUACCAUCGGCAUGAUAAGACCAGUGCAGCGAUACAAUUCAUUAGUAACAAGCAGUUGAAGCGAAAGUUUCGCUUGGAAAAUUAUCUCUCGAUGUUUGAAUAGAACGUUCUAAGCGCGACUAAUCCAAAUGGGUCGAUUAUUGUACGGUUUUGGGACUGAUGACCUUGUUGCCAUGUGUUCGGCAUGUUCGGCAUGUUCGGCCAUGUGUUCGGCGAGUAAUAAAUUCUUUCCUCAAAUCGCGCGUAA